AUGGACGGCCAAGAUCCGGAGCCAAAGAGGCUGAAAUCUUCCGAAAAGAAAUGCUCGGCGUUCGGAAGUCCGGCAUGGAUCGCUACCUUUAACAACUCGAUCGCCCUGGCAAGAAAGACUUGUGACGAAAAACGAGCCGAGUGGACCAUUCGCACACCGGAUACACCUACCCCGACAGACAUCCCAUGGCGACCAGACAUGCCAUCACCAUCGCAAACCUACCUGAACCACCCCCAGUAUUGGUGCUACUUUGGCGACGAGUGGCUCGGGAAGAGGGAUAUGCCCCCAGAUCACGCAAAACUGAGCGACUCAUGGGUUUGUCGUGUGCUGGCCAGUGAGAAAAAACCAACUGGUAAGACGAAAAUUACGGCUGCCUAUCGUGGCAAGGCCUGGAAGGCCGAUUUUGAUCAGAAUGGCACCCUGCGCACGACUCGUUUCCCCCGAGGAAAGCCCGUUAUAGUCUACCAUGGCGGCAAGAACUUCAUUCCUGUUGCCAAAUACUAUUAUGUUCUAUGCGGCGAAGAAUGGGGCUUGAAGUUCGCAGCGUGGCUCAUCAACGGCGUCCCUGCUGGCGGAAAGAAAGCCGCUAAUCUUUCACCAAACAUCGUGUCUAUUCCUCCCGGACUUCUUACAGCAAGCUCAAUCCCUCCCCGUCCUGGCCAAGACUCGACCGUGUCGCACUUUUUGAUCCCAUCAAGCGCACGAGACUACUCCAAUUGUGAUCUUUUCGGCAUGACAGAAUAUCCUCACGUUCAUGUAGCAAGGAACCUGAUUAGGUUGACCAGAGCAUUAAAAGAUAGUAUUAAUGUAUAG